ACGAGUCAUGGACAAUUUUCACCGUUUGUAACUAACGUUUAAAAAGCCUCCGGUGUUGCGUAACGGCCGGCAGCGCAGCUCACAGCAGGUGUUCUCGAGUGACUAAGUUAAUUCCUUGUGACAGUAAUGACGCGGCUCUAAUAGGAUUUAAGCCCUCUCCUUCCUGUCGACUGUUUGUUUGAGGAGUACACCAGGGUGACGAGGGAGGAGCUCAGCUGUGCGUGUGUGUGAGAUAAAGUGGUGUUUGCGUGGGAACGUGGGGUUUAAAGUCACCUUGUAGAACUGCUCUGUCUCACCUCCUACACAGGAUGUUUCGCAGCAAGAGAUGGCUCACUGCAGCUGAGAUGUGUGAUAUGUUGAUACAGGUGUAGUGUGGCUGCAGGUUCCUAGCAGACAUGGGAAAACUACAGAGCAAGUUUCGCAAGAGGUCCGAUCUCUACAGGGCAUCUCAGGGGGAGAAGGCAGACAAUAGCUUUGACAGUCAGUUGGUGCAGUAUGAACCCGCCCAUCAAGGGUCCGUCAACACUGUCACCAGCCUCAGUCCAGAUCUUUGUGUUUCUGGUGGAACUGAUCAGGCUGUGGUGGUGUAUGACUGGAAACAAGGCCGGAUGUGUCAGUCCUUCCAGGGUCACAACCGAGAGGUUACCAAGGUGUUGUGUUAUCCAGGCAGUACGUGGAUCUUCAGCGCCUCACGGGACAAGACUGUGUUGAUGUGGGACCUCAACCAGGGGGACGAACCUAUCCAGGAAUUCUGUGGGCAUGAGUUGGUGGUCAACGGACUAGCUGUCAGCCCUGACGGGAGAAAGCUGUGCACCGGUUCUCGUGACAACUGGAUGUGCCUGUGGGAUAUUGAAUCUGCAAAAUGUGAACAGAGACACAACAUUUCUAGAAACCUGGUUACUCAUGUGUGUUGGGUGCCAGGCAGCUCCUCUGUAGUCCAGACCUCUGAGGAUAAGACCAUAAGGGUGUGGGACAGCCGUGCCUGGCAGGUGACCAAUACUUUUCCGGCCAAGCAAUACAUCCAGACUCACUGUGACGUUUCUCCGAAUGGAAACUACUUGGUGUCCAGCAGCAAUGGCUUUGGAGGCCAGGGCUGUGAGGCCACGUUAUGGGACCUUCGCCAGCCCGGCUGUAAAGUUGUGGAGUACAGAGGCCACCUCCAGACCACCGCCUGUUGUGUGUUUCUGCCCACGCCUCCUGGAGGCCCAGCUCGCGUAGCAACAUCCUCCCAUGACAGCUCCCUCAAAAUCUGGGACCAGAACACAGCAGUCUGUUUAGCGACGUUGUCUCUGGAUGGUGCUGGUCCGCUGGUUGCUCUUGCUCCCAAUGACUCCAACAAUCUGCUGUGUGCCAGCUUCAACUCCGGCCUUCACCAUAUCCAUGUGGACCAGGGAUCAAACCAGGCUCAGGGUUCCGGGGCAGGCUCAGGUGGAGCUGGUGGCCUGGACAUUAAAGUUGUGGCGCGCUUCUGACGGCCCAGAGGAGUCUGGAAUGACUCGUUAUCCUGACCUGUGACUCAGUGAGCAGUAUCACUGCAUGUGGACUCUUCUUUUUGUUUUUGUUUUUUAUAAUUUUACAUAUUUCUAUAGACAUUUGUGUUGAACUAGACUGCCAUACAGUGAAGAAUGACAGAGGAGAUUAGUUGGAAGAGAAACAGGUGACAACGACAUGAAUGGAGGAUGCCUUUUUUUGUCCAGCAGAGCCACCAGGAUGCCCAUCAUGGCUGCUCCUCUGGGAGACUUGUUUUGCAUGGAUUGCUGCCUUCUUGGACCAACAUGAAAAACUAUAAAGAGAAGUAGUGUAUUUCUCUUUAUACACUACUUCAGCUUGCUGGAGUUGCUAAGAUGCUCCAUACACAUGUGGUGGUUUUAUUGGUGAUGCUGAAUCCAUUAAUGCGGCAGGAGUUGCGUUAGAAAGUUUGAAACUUUGGAUGUGGCAGGAAAAUGUUUGGUCAAAUGUUGUGAUAGAGAACUGGAAGCCAAAUAGAAUUUCAUACUGAGAGUAUGUAAUUAGUUUUUUUCCUGGAUAAAACGUAGGCGGUACAGUCAGACUCUAAGUGUUGUUUGUCAAACACACUGUGGAGAGUUGUUUCUAUCAGUGAAACAGAGUUCGAGGAACUCCUGAAUGUUUAUAGUAACGUUACUGUUGGUUAGUUUGUACUUUUGCUUUAACCUGUCAAGUGUUAGAGCAAAUUAAUACCUAUGACACAAGAGUGUAUAAACAUGCUUUGUUUUCAGGUAGAAUUCAAUUGAUACAGAUUCUGAUAUUUUUGAACUGAAGCUGCUGAUAGCGGAUGUUUGGUACCGAUAUCCAAGAUUUCUAUUUGAAAAUGACUAUGCAAAAAUAUAAUAAAAUAUUGUUGGCGCAAACAAAUGGAAAUAAAAAAAAAUACUGCAAAUGCAAAAGAA